AUGCCCGAUGCCAAACCAGUAAACCAAGGCGACGACAUCUCCGGCAUCGUCCACGAGGUCGGCGAAGGCGUCUCGGGAUUCAAGCCCGGUGAUCGCGUAGCAGCCUUCCACGAGAUGAUGAAGCCCGGUGGCUCCUACGCCGAGUAUGCUCUUUCGUGGGCGCACACGACAUUCUACCUACCCGAGAAGACCACUUUCGAAGAGGGCGCCGCACUACCCCUUGCAGCAAUGACAGCAGCCGUGGGCCUCUACGCCCGCCUCCGCCUCCCAGAACCCUGGUUCCCACUCCCGCAAGACAUCUCCCAGCAAAUCCCCCUAGUAAUCUACGGCGCCUCCUCAGCAGUCGGCAGCUACGCCAUCCAGUUCGCCCAACGCAGCAACAUCCACCCCCUAAUCUGCAUAGCCGGGCGCGCCCAAUCCCACGUCCAGAAACUCAUCUCCCCCGAAAAAGGGGACGUGAUCAUCGACUACCGUAGCGGCAACGACGCCAUCGUCCAAGGCAUCAAAGACGCUCUCAAAGGCCAAAAACUUGAAUAUGCCUUUGAUGCCGUGAGCGAGAAGGGCUCGUACCAGAAUAUCUGUCAAGUCCUGGAUCACAACUCGGGCAAAAUCACACUCGUGCUACCUGGGAAGAAGUACGCAGAGAUUCCGGCGAGUGUGGAGAAGAGUACUACUACUGUUGGGAGUGUGCAUAUUGAUCUCAAGGAUUUCGGGUAUGUGUACUUUCGGUACAUCUCGAAAGGUUUAGAAGAGGGUUGGUUCCAUGCUCAUCCGCCGGAGGUGGUGGCGGGUGGAUUAGAGGGUGUGCAGACUGCGUUGCAGGAUUUGAAGGAUGGGAAGGCGAGUGCGGUCAAGUAUGUUUUUAAGAUUGCUGAUACGCCAGGGUUGAGUCAGUAG